AAAUCUGCCAGUUGAUGAAUUUAUUAGAAAAGCACAGCUGUUAUUAUCUUAUAGUCGAUAUCCUGAAUGGAUUCCAUAUAAUUACUUCACCGAAAUUAAAUAUAUUAAUAAAGGCGAAUUUGUUGCGACUAUUUCUGCAAAAUGGAGCCAAGGAGCUAAAAGAAUACAAAAUUUCAACAAUAAAUGCUAUUACAUUCGAUCAGAUCCCUGUUCGGUUGUUCUAAGGAAAUUUAUGAAAUUGUCUUUACUUACAAAUAAGCAGCUUCAAGAUCGAUCUGAUUGUUGUUGCUUAUAUGGAAUUACCCAAAAUCCUUCGACAUUAGAAUAUAUGUUUGUAGAGCCCAAAUAUUUAUGCUACAAUUGUCUUCAUAGAGUGUUAAAAAGCGAGUUAGAGAAAACCAAUAUAUGGUUGAAAACGAAACAUAUUUUCAAACAUUUAGAAAAAAGAAUCAGAAUAUGUCCCAACUCAUUAUGUCAAUGUGAAGAAAAUUUGGGAGUAAUAGAAAUUGUGAGCAAUGUAAAAAUAAUACAAAAAAGAGAAUUUGCUAACUGGUCAAGUGAAAAUUUGCAAAUCGAUGAAUUUAUUAGAAAAGCACAGCAGUCAUUACCAUAUAGUCAAUAUUUUGAAUGGAUUCCAUAUAGUUGUUUCACAGAAAUAAAAGAUAUUAGUAGAGGCGCAUUUGGAAAACAGCUUCAAGACCGUUCUAGAAAAUGUACUUGUAGAACCACAUAUCUAUGCGACAGUUGUCUUCAUAGAGUAUUAAAAAGUGAGUUUUCUAACUGGUCAAGUGGAAAUUUACUAAUUGUCGAAAGCGAACUUGGUGCGAUAAUUUCUGCAAAAUGGAGCCAAGGAGCCAAAAGACAAAGUAAUGACAAUGAGCGUUAUUACAUUCGAUCAGAUCCCUGUGCGGUUUUUCUAAAGAAGUUUAUAAACCAGUCUUUACUUAUAGAAAAGCAGCUUCAAGAUCGAUCUGAUUAUUUAUUAAAAAGUGAGUUUUCUAACUGGCCAAGUGGAAAUUUACUAAUUGAUGAGUUCGUUAGAAAAGCACAGCGGUCGUUACCUUAUAGUCAGUAUCCUGAAUGGAUUCCAUAUAAUUAUUUCACCGAGAUAAAAUAUAUUAAUAGAAGCGAACUUGGUGCGAUAAUUUCUGAAAUUUAUGAAAGAGUUUUUACUUACAAUAGACAGCUUCAAGAUCGAUCUGAUUGUUGUUGCUUAUAUGGAAUUACCCAAAAUCCUUCGACAUUAGAAUAUAUGUUAGUGUUAAAAAGCGAGUUUUCUAACUGGACUAGUGAAAAUUUACAAAUUGAUGGGUUUAUUCAACAAGAACAAAUUCCAUCUCCUUAUAUCCAGUUCCCUGAAUGGAUUCCGUACGACUCACUAACUAAAAUAGAAUCUAUUGGCAGAGGCGGGUUCGGUGCUAUAUAUUCAGCAAGAUGGGGUAAGGGAAUAAAAUGGUGGAAAAGACUCGUUCAUCUUUUUCUUAAAGAGAUUCAAGCUCAAUUUAAUUGCUGUCAUUUAUACGGUGUUACUAAAAAUCCUUCGACAUUACAAUAUAUGUUCGUAAUGCGCUAUGCAUCACAAGGUGAUCUUCGACGAUUCCUGCAGAAAAAUUUUGAUAAACUAACUCUAGAAAAUAAAUUAAGCAUAGCACAGUCUAUAUGUAUAGAACUUCAAAAUAUUCAUAAUAAAGGUUGGGUACACGGCGAUCUUCAUAUUUUAUUAUUAAACGAGGAAGAUGCCUUUAUUUCAGAUUUUGGACUAUGUCGACCAGUGAAUAAAGCGCAGAUGGCUGAAAAGAAACUUUAUGGAGUCAUACCAAAUAUGGCACCAGAGAUGCUUUGUUGUCAAUCACCAUAUUCUCAGGCAAGUGAUAUUUAUAGUUUAGGUACUAUUCUAUGGGAAUUGGCUUGUGGAAUUCCAGCAUUUUCAAACAGGGUGCAUGACGUAGAUCUAAUAACAGAUAUUUGUGAUGGUCUUCGACCAAAAACGUGCCAUUUUGUGCCUCCAACUUAUAAUGAUAUGCUAAGAAAAUGUUGGGAUCAAAAUCCUUUAGAACGACCGACUAUAGCUAUGGAUUUGAAAUUAAAUCAGGAAUUGCUCAAUUCGCAUAAUGCAACCAUACCAUAUAAUUUGAUGAAACGGAAACCAGAUAUCCCUGUUCAUCGGAAUGCAGUAUAA